CAGUCGUUGCUAACACCUGCAGGUAGGUGGGUGUACCGUUAACCUCCCCAGUCGUUGCUAACACCUGCAGGCACGAUGAUCAGGGUUCGAGGCUCGGGCGUGCUGCUGCUGCUGCUCUUGCUCUCCUUACACACAUCAGCAAGAAGGAAUAUUGCGCCAGCAGCCAUUCCUGCAGAGAGGCAGCUGUUGACGUUACUGGGCGGCGGGUUGAGGCAUUCCCUCGUCCUCUCCACCCGUACGGGCAACACGGGUAAUGAAUGCUCUCUCGGCGACACCGGUGCAGCAGGCACCUGCACGCUGCUGAGUGAGUGCCCGGCCUACCACCACCUAAUAUCUGACCUUAAGGGCAACCUUGCGUUCUUCAGGAGCCGCAUCUGCAGAAUGACAAGCGAAAAUGUUCUCCUUUGCUGCCCACUGGCGCCCACUCGCCCGCCAACGGUCACCAAUGUGGGGCUGCGACAGCCAUCUUUCCCGCCGCCCUCUUCCGGUCAUAGCGGCGUGACAGGCGGGAGAGCCCCUUCUACGGAACACAGACCACUUGGACAACCAUCUAGACUACCUUUCCAGCCAACUCAAUCCGGAUUCAAUCCCCAACCAACCCAACCAUCCAGUAACUUCCCAGAUCGAUCCGUACAAUCUUCUUUCUCUCCGUCACUAACUACGCGGCCAGUUCUCCGCCCUGGAGGAGGAACUGAAGGGGUUCUGGGCGUCCAAGGCCCGACGGGCGAUAGGGAACCUGGCGCGCUGAAUACGCCUGACCCAACGGUUCUUCCCGAGAUCUCCUUCGUCAUUCCUCCAGAGGCCGAGUGUGGAACAAGGCCCAACACUUCCCUAACAAGGAAUCCUGGGUACUGGCCUUGGCUUGUAACUUUAGGCAGACUUCAAGGUGAGCAUUUUGAUCCCAUAUGUAGCGGGGCUCUCAUCACCAGCAGACACGUCUUGGCUGCUGCUCACUGUCUGGUCGACACCAGGCUCGCUACACCGACGCACGUUCGCCUGGGGAGUUCUCACAGAGCCAGGGACCUGGCCAUCGUCAACCACGUGGACGCCGGCUACAACAACAUCACCUCUCAGAACGAUAUUGCCAUCGUCACUCUGUCAGAGGUCGUGAUCUUCAAUGAACUCGUCCAGCCAGUAUGCCUACCAUUCAGGUUUGAGUUCGAUGGCUUCCGGUACCAGAAUCUUGACUUAGUUGGCAUGGGACCUAUCGUCACUACAGGAGAGAACAGAGUCCAGCAGUUGAGUCAGAAGAACGUGAAUGUGGCGAUCACUGGACUGGACAAAUGCCGGAGGACCUUCGGAGCGUACAAGACUGGGGUGUUUGAUCAUAGUAAGAUGUGCGCCUCUGGAACGUCAGCAAGAGACUGUAUGUCAGACAAAGGUGCUUCCGUUUACUUCUACGACGAAGACACAACAAAGAAGUACUUCUUGGUGGGACUCGUGUCUUUUGCCUUCGGGUGUACAAAGCCUGAGGAGCCUGGAGCCUACACCCGGGUGGGAGCCCAUGUGCAGUGGCUACAGCAACACAUGGACUGACCCCUCACACUCUGCGUAUACAUGUGGCAUUGAACACACACCCUGCGUAUACAUGUGGCUCUGAACCCUCACACCCUGUGUAUACAUGUGGCUCUGAACCCUCACACCCUGCGUAUUCAUGUGGCUCUGAACCCUCACACCCUGCAUAUACAUGUGACACUGAACCCUCACACCCUGUGUAUACAUGUGGCUCUGAACCCUCACACCCUGCGUAUACAUGUGGCUCUGAACCCUCACACCCUGCGUAUACAUGUGGCUCUGAACCCUCACACCCUGCAUAUACAUGUGACACUGAACCCUCACACCCUGUGUAUACAUGUGGCUCUGAACCCUCACACCCUGCAUAUACAUGUGACACUGAACCCUCACACCCUGUGUAUACAUGUGGCUCUGAACCCUCACACCCUGCGUAUACAUGUGACACUGAACCCUCACACCCUGCGUAUACAUGUGGCUCUGAACCCUCACACCCUGCGUAUACAUGUGGCUCUGAACCCUCACACCCUUCGUAUACAUGUGGCUCUGAACCCUCACACCCUGCGUAUACAUGUGACACUGAACCCCUCACACCCUGCGUAUACAUGUGGCUCUGAACCCUCACACCCUGUGUAUACAUGUGACACUGAACCCUCACACCCUGCGUAUACAUGUGGCACUGAACCCUCACACCCUGCAUAUACAUGUGACACUGAACCCUCACACCCUGCGUAUACAUGUGACACUGAAACCUCACACCCUGCGUAUACAUGUGGCUCUGAAUCCUCACACCCUGUGUAUACAUGUGACACUGAAACCUUACACCCUGCAUAUAUAUGUGACACUGAACAUUCACACCCUGCGUAUACAUGUGACACUGAAACCUCACACCCUGCAUAUACAUGUGGCUCUGAACCCUCACACCCUGCGUAUACAUGUGACACUGAACAUUCACACCCUGCGUAUACAUGUGGCACUGAACCCUCACACCCUGCGUAUACAUGUGACACUGAACAUUCACACCCUGCAUAUACAUGUGACACAUGUGACACUGAACACUCAUCCUGCAUAAACACGUGGAACAUGCAAUAUCUAUUUUCUUAAUUGAUUUUUUAUAAAAAAAAUCUGAGAGAUCUUGUUAGAUUUGUUAAGUAAACUAAGAAACCAGUUUUAA